AUGAUUGCUACAAUGAUCCUCCUUUUCACAUCCUACACCCUUUCUUUCGGCCUCGCUUUCUUCACCAGAUCCUGGAUUUUCCACCUCGAAAUCAUCUAUCUUCCACACUUGACUGGCUCCAUUGUUGGCCUCCUGGGGACAAUCAGCGAAGUCGGAAUCUACCCUGAUGACAUUGUCGGCGGCAACACCAUCGCCGCCUACGUGCUCUCCACCCUCUCGAUCCUUUUCUACGCCUUAGCUUCCCUCCUCACAUACCGCAAGAUCUAUUUUGUCCGCCGCCGUGAUGCCAUGCACAAAGACACCUCAUCCUCGCGCAUCUUUACAAUGCCCGAGACCGAAAUGCAACGGCAGCAGCUCCUACGCCUUCUUCUCUCCCAAUCCUCCCCUCAGAACACUCCCUCGCCAGCAAAAGGCCCUGAAGCAACCUACAAAAUUCACUGGCCUGGCAUAAGCAGCAGCACAGCCCGCGGCUCUCGCCGCAACACCAUGUCCUCGCUUCGCAACUUACACUUCUCGCGGAACCCCCGCUCUCGUACAUCCGUCCAUCAACUUCCCGCCUCUCCAGGCUUCGCCAUGUCCCAGCAAUAUCAGCACCAACACCAUCCCUCCGCUGACCGCGCCCUCCCCGAAGUCAUCGUCGAAGAACCGACGCUCUCUUCAAGUCAAUCUCAAUUCCUGCGGCAAAGCCCUCUCCAUCCUCCUACCACCGCCCCCAUUAACAACAACAACAACGCGGUAUAUAAUCCUCUCCUCCCGGCUUUCUUUGACCACCACCCCGGCGAGCGUAUCCCUUCCUACCAUCCUCGCGCCUCAACCUAUUCCGCCGGAGGAAGGGGAACUGAGACCUUGUCUGCAGCCCAAGGAGGGGCCCCUGCGCCGAAUGUGCCCAGAUUGCCACCCGUAUUAGGACCAAACGGGUAUCCGAUAGACAAACCGCCGCUGCAUCCUACUGAAAGAGAGACCAAGGCACUAAGGCAUAUUCCAUUAGAUAAUUAUAUCGUUGUUGAUGAUGAGGGGGCAUUCCGAGAACGAUUAGCGACGGGAGUAGUCAGGAGGCAGAGCAGUGGUAAUGGUGCUGGAAAUGGAGGUGGGGGGUUGGUACAGCCGCCGGAUACGACGAGGGGGAUUGAGUUAGCUGAUCGAGGGCGCUAUGGGACAAGGAACAGGCCAGAGUUGGAGGGGGAUGUUUGGGCGAGAAUAUAG